AUGUCACUGCGCAGCUUAAAAGUAUGUGAGCUAAAAAAGAGGUAUCGUGAAGCCCGGUUGCCAGUAAGUGGCAAUAAAAAUCAAUUAGUUGAACGCCUAUUAGAAAAUGAUUUUUCCGAAAGUGUUUCUGACAAUGAAACAGUGGUGUUAAAACGUACUAUUUCUUCUUUAGAAAAAACAAUUACUGAGCUAGUGUCACAGCAAAAUAGAAAUGUACCAAUAUUGGCAAAUUUCAAUCCGACAAUGUCUUCGCCGCCGAUAAAUGCCGUUGAAACUACAACUCAAUUAAAUACGACAGUAACUAGCACGUAUACAGUAGCGAAUCCAAAAAUAGUUCCGACUAUGUAUAAUGGUCAACAUUCGCUGUGGACAACCGCUCAAGAGCCCAGCAAUAAUAAUAAUUUCACCGAGUUCUCUCGACCGAGGCACAUCGCGUUUGUUCCGCAAUCAAACGUACAUUUUACCCAUGCAAGCACGCAAGUACCACCGGUAACAUCGGUUGCAUAUACAGCGCCGUAUCAUCCGUCUGCUCCGUACGCUUUUGACCAUGUCCGGGCACCGCAGAUAGUACCGCAUUACUAUAACCCAUACGAAAAUGUGCGCGAUAUAGUGGAACUCUUACCGUAUUUUGAUCCAUCGUCCGACCGUUCGCUAAGUUCAAAACAGUUCGUAAAACGCGUCGAAAACCUUAAAAGUAUUUAUGGUUGGAGGGAGAGCACACUUUUGUUUGCCGUACAACAAAAGAUGCGAGGGUCUGCUAAAUAUUGGGUUGACUCUUUGCAAGAUGUGUUCAUUUCGUGGCCGCAAUUCGUUAACAAGUUUUUGUUAGACUUUCCGUGUAUCGAAAAUGAAGCUGAUGUCCAUAUUAAAAUGGCACAAACUAAACGCCAAAGCAACGAAUCUGCGCAAGAAUUUUACUACCGUAUGCUUGCAUUAGGAGCAAAAGGCGGUUUAUCCGACUCAAGCAUUGCGCGCCAUAUUAUAAAUGGCAUAAAUGACUUCGAUCUUCGAAAGAAAAUUUCUAAUGAUUAUAAUCGUUGUCAAGACCUGUUGCGUGAUAUUAUAAAUUUUAGUAUUUAUAAUGACGUGAAAAAUGCUUCAGCUAAAUCUUCCUUCAAGAUGAAUCCACCGCCUGAAAAAAAUUCUAAUCGUAAAUUGCCGUCCGAAGAAAAUCAAAACCCGACAAAAACUGUAUCACUCGAAAAAGUCAAGUGCUAUAAUUGUUUUCAAUUUGGGCAUUACUCGAUUAAUUGUAAAGAGCCCCAACGUAAGCCGCGCUGUGAAAAAUGCCAACGUACAACGCAUAAAACUGCCGAUUGUGUUGUGAAAGUGAAUAGCCGCGUCAACAAAAUCGAACAGAGUACAUGUGACGAUAAAAUUAAUAAAGUAAUCCUAGUAAAUGGAAUAGAAACGAUUGCCUUUGUUGAUCCCGGCAGUAGUCGUACACUCGUUCGAAAAACAUUUGCGCCGGAAAUUGGAAGUCCGCGGCAACAAGUAACCACUUUACAAGGUUUUGCUGGGGGACAAUAUGUGAGUACCGGAAUUGUUAGUGCGGUAAUCGAAAUUGACGGUAAAAAAAUUCAGACCGAUAUGCUCAUAACCGAAGAUGAUUUGUUGUAUAAACCAGUAUUGCUUGGUAGAGACGUCCUUUGCCGCGCAGGCAAACGUUUAGUUAUCGAACAAGACCAAUGUCGUGUAGAGCGAAUUCAAAAUAUUGUAGUAACAAACGAAUUAAACUUAACCGAGCGCCAAGAGUUUGAUACGCUGUUAACCGAAUAUCCUGACGUUUUUGCAAAUAAUCUCUCCGAAAUUGGAAAAUGUGGUAUUUCCAAAAUGACAAUCGAAUUAAAUACUGACAAACCGAUCUACCAUAAACCGUACCGUAUCCCGUUCGCUAAACGUGCAAUUGUGUUCGAAAUCGUAUCUGAUUUGUUGAAGAACGAAAUUAUACGUCCAAGUGAUUCGUCGUAUGCCGCACCAGUCGUUCUCGUGGAGAAGAAGAAUGGCGAACAUCGCUUAUGUGUCGACUACCGUAGUCUGAAUAAAGUAACACUAAAAAAACCGUAUCCAAUGCCGAUUAUGGAAGAACAAUUUUCGCAACUGUCGGGAAAUAUAUAUUUUACAACGCUUGACCUGCGUACCGGUUAUCAUCAAAUAGAAAUUGAUGAAAAUUCAAAAAAAUUUACCGCAUUCGUAACUACGGACGGUCAUUAUGAAUAUAACCGAAUGCCUUUCGGUUUAGUUAACGCGCCUGCAUUUUUCCAGUCCUUGAUGGAUAAAAUUGUAGCACAAAUGCCACCCGGUGAAAUUUUAGCUUAUUUGGAUGAUGUUAUCAUUCCGAGUCAAAGUAUCGACGAAGGGCAUAAGCGUCUUGAAAAAUUCUUUAAAAUAUUGAAACAAAACCGACUUACUCUACGCAUGGACAAAUGCAAGUUUCUUGAAAAGGAAAUCGAUCAUUUAGGCCAUAUAAUUAAUGAAAAUGGUAUAAAACCGGGUAAACGCAAAGUCGCCGCAAUAGAAAAUUUUCCGCCACCGAAAAACGUCACGGAAGUUCGGAGAUUUCUAGGACUUGCCGGAUUUUUCCGAAAGUUCGUGCCAAACUUCUCGCUAAUCGCAAAAGCAAUAACGCGCCUAUUACAUAAAAGUGAACAAAAUAAUUUUGUGUGGGGCGAAAUGCAACAACAAGCUUUUUUGAAUUUAAUACAACAACUGUGUAGCGAACCGCUUCUGUAG